AUUAUUAAUUUUAAACUCUCUCUCUAAAUUUUUCUUUUCUCUCUCUAAAAUUUUCUUCGCUUCCAAACACAAAAUUAUUCCCAAAAAGCUUUUGAAAUUUUAACCUAAACUCAAAAUAUUUUGUAGCAGACCAAAAAAUGGGCGUUGCAAUUCUGAAUCCGCAAGACUGCCUUCAAAAUCCAUUAUCAUCACGGCGAGGUUUAAUUUCCUUACCCCCAGAAAUGAAAUUGUAUCGGAACCCUAACCCUAACCCUAACCCGACUCCUAACCCUAAUAAUCGGUCAAAUCGGGCUCAACCCAACAGAAGAAAGCGAAGCCCUAACACCUCUCCACCCGCACGCGCCGCCGUAGUAGCCAAAGUGGAGGCCGAAAAAAUUCCUGUUUUAGGGCAGGUCAAAAUUCUUAAACGCGGUGAGCAGUUACCAAAACUGUCCCCGGCGAAGGCGGUUUCUCAACCUAUUAACAUAGAGAAGAAAAAAGACGUAGAUCUGGAUCUUGGUUCAACCCACCGUCUUGGACCGGAUCCGGACCGUGUACAGACUCAGAUCUGCUUCCGAUCUACCGGUUUUUACGCCGGAUCUGCUUUUUUUACUUCCCCUCCGCCUAGUUCGCUUCCUGUACCAGCGUUUUUCACGAAGAAGAAUAAUAUCGAUGAUGCCACGUGUGACCUAAGAAGGAUGUUAGGUCUCAGCUUAUAAUUAAUCAUCUGACCCGAUCCGGUGAUGGUAGUGGUCGUGGGUUUGGAUCGGCAUGGAAUCUUUAGGGGUGUGUUUGGAUCGGCAUGGAAUCUUUAGGGGUGUGGUUGGAUCGGCAUAAUUGGGAAGCUAAUAGUUAGGGUUUGUAUUUGUUGUUUUUCAUUUUCAAUGAAAUCUUCCCUUAUUUUUUCAAGGGGAAGAUUGAGUUGGCGACUUGAACUCAAAUCAACUACGCAAUUUAUGGGUUCGUGCGUGUGAUUAUAUGUAAAAGCACGCAGGCGGACGCGUUUUGUUGCGGUACUACCUAUUUAGUUUAGUUCUAAGUUUAAUUUAAUAGUUUAUGUUGGAAAUUUAUGUAUAGCUUUGAUUAGCUGUUGAAGGUAAGGGGUUAGUUAGAAUUAAGGAGUUUAUUUUAUAAGGUUUAUUUAAUUUUAGCUGGGUAAUUUCUUGUACUUUGUCUUUGUAUUCUGCCUUAAAUUUGAGUAAAGUUUAUAUAUUCUGUUUUUAGUUUUUAA